AUGUCAUCACGCGGAAAAUUAAUGCUUCAAAUGGUGAAAGAGAUGAGCGAGGAAACUACUGAAUGUGAGCCCCAAAGUGAAAAUAAUAUAAAACCUAAGAGUCAAGGUACCUCAGAAAUUAAAGAAGUACAAAUUGAACCCACUUUUUUGCUAAAUUGUGAUGAUGUACAAUUUGAAGCAGAAUCGAGUUCAAUCAUACAAAGUCAAAAAACACCAGAAAAUACUUCUUUUUUGCAACAAGAAAACCAAGCAAAUCCAAGUCAGGUUUUUUCUUUGGAGCCUUUGCAACAAGAAAACAACAAUGUAACCACAAGCAGCAUUGAUUCUUCACAUCAGAAUAUUUUGGGUGAAAAUAUAUUUUAUUCUGUGGCACCUUUGUUUGAAGAUGAUAGUGAGGAAUGUAACAAUGCAGCCAAAAUCAUAUCUGAUUCUCUGGAUAAUCAGCAUGAUAUGCAUAAUGUGGCAGGUCCAAGUAGGGGUAGUUAUUUUUAUCAACACGAUGAUCAUGAGGUGGAAUUAGCUGAUGAUGAUAGUGACGACUCCUCAUUGAUUGGCGAAUCAAGUGGUAGCGAAUAUGAACCUUCCGAAUUAGAAAAUGAGGAAAACGAACCAGAGGAUGAGCAAGAAAACGAACCAGAUGGAGAGCAAGAAAAUGAACAACAAAUUGCACAUUGUAAUGACGACACAGAUUGUGAAGUUCCAAAGACCAAUACAAAUUUGACGAGUAGGGGCACAAAAAGGAUUAAAACGUUCCCAGUUAAAGAAAAAACUUCAAGACGAAGGAUAAGAAAGCCAGAUACGUGGAAAAGGCGAUCAGCAGCAAUUAAAAGGGAAAGGGGAGAAAGUUACAUUUCCUAUAAAAAUCAAAGCGUACCUGCAAAAACUUUCUGCUCUGAAUGUUUAUGCAAUGAACGCUGUAGACUCAAAUGCAGCACAAAGUUCGAUUUAGAUUCACGAAAACUAAUAUUUGAAGGCUUCUAUAAACUUGACAUAAACGCAAAAAAUGCCUUAUUGUUUAGAAGUAUCACACCUUUACCCAUUGUUCGUCAACGUAAAAAUGCUAUUAAGCAUAAAACUUCUUCUUAUAAAUACAGCAUGAUAUUAAAUAACCAACAAGUGUUUGUGUGUAAAUCAGCUUUUUGUGCCUUGUACCAAAUAAGCCGUAAAAAAGUUGAUAUAAUAAAAGAAAAGCUGAAAACUGGAAGCUCAGUCCCAUCUAAAGAUAGACGAGGUAUUCAUACAAACAGGCCCCACAAGAUUAAUGACGAUGUAGAGCAAGCUAUUAUGACUCAUAUAAAAAAGUUUCCAUCAGAGGAAAGUCAUUACUCACGGGAAAGCAACCCACAUAAGAGGUAUUUAGCUCCAAAUCGUAAUAUGUCACUUAUGUAUAGACUGUAUAUUGAAGAAUGCAGAGAACAGAAUAUGCCUGGCUGCUUUUUAGUUAAAAAGUCAACAUAUUCAAGAAUUUUCUCAACAAAAUUCAAUCUAUCAUUUUCUCAUCCGAAAAGUGAUACUUGCAGUAAGUGUGACGCUGGAAAUUCAAAUGCAGAACAUGAAGAAAAUGUUCAACUAGGCUUUCAGUUGAUGUCCAGAGACCGCGAACGUGCUUUAAAAGAUGAAAAGGUGUGCUACAUAACGGUUGACUUACAACAAACUAUGCCUUUACCGAAAAUCACCACGUCUAAAGCAUUUUAUCUUAGACAGAUAUGGUUUUAUAACUUGGGCAUUCAAGUUAUCACAACUGCAGGGCAUAAAUCAGUUAUGCAAACCUGGACUGAAGAUAUAGCCGGCAGAGGAAGCACAGAAGUUCUAUUGAUUUUGAAAGGUGUUUUCAAAGUUAUUGAUCACAAGUUUCCAGAGGUUGGCCAUACUUAUUUAGACUCAGAUCGAGACUUUGGUAGAAUAGAGAAAGUUCUAAGGAAACAAAGCAAUAUUUAUACCCCAGAUCAAUAUAGGCAACUAAUUAAAACAGCCUGCACAAGAAAUUCGACGGUUAAUGACAUGGAAUCAUACUUUCGAGACGCUGAAAUUCCCUUUAGAGACGGCAUUAAAUGGAUUCGGGUUGUUGAAUUCGGAAGUUACCUAUAUAAGGAAUCAUAUGAUGAAUAUGUUCCCUUUAAGAAAGUUUCCCUAUUCAAAAAUAACUCUCCACCUGCAAACUAUGUGCCUCCUACUGAUAUUGAGUUUCCUAGAAUUGGUCACAAAAGAGGGAACAUAUCAGAAAAAAAAAUUGCUAACAUUCGUGAGCAAAUGCCUUUUAUCUUAGAAGAACAUAGAGGCUUCUAUGAAAAUAUCAUUGGUAUUCAAGAAGAGCCCAAGCCGAAAAAAGCACGACGUACCAAAUAA